UUAUUUUGGUUUAAUAUGAAAUCUUCAAAUCAGAAACUUGUUGAUACAAUAAUUGGACUUGAGGAACAACAAAAGCAAAUAGAAAAAAUUCUUUUAGAGUUUGUGCAAACUGGUUUAGGCGGUUCUUGUUUAAUUUGUGGAAGAAGACGUUCAGGCAAAUCUCUCGUUUUGGAUCAAAUAAUUAAAAGACUCCCAAAUGAUCUCCGAAUUGUAAAUGCUGACGGAGAGAAAUGCAGCAGUUUUGCUGCGAGUGCCAAAAUUUUACAAAAGCACGGAUUGUAUAUUGGAAAUUUUGAAGAACAAAAAUAUAAAAAAGAAGCUGGGGAAUCGGUUGGUUUUUUAAAUUUUAGAUUAGCAUUAAGUAAAAUUUCUUUAGAAUUCAAAAAUUCUUUUUGUUGUUGA